AUGAAAACCACUUCUCUUUGCUCGGACCCUGCUUUAGUUCAGACAACACCGUUUCCGUGGUUUCUCUUUCCCGGAGCAGACGGCGAGACGGCGAUUAGCAGCAUUUUGGGAUCCUCGCAAUUAAGCCCAGGGUCAGUCCAGCUAACAGAGAACCUGACAGAGAACUUGACAGAGAACCUGACAGAGAACCUGACAGAGAACCGGACUGAGAACCUGACAGAGAACCUGACAGAGAACCUGACAGAGAACCUGACAGAGAACCGGACAGAGAACCGGACUGAGAACCGGACUGAGAACCUGACAGAGAACCUGACAGAGAACCGGACUGAGAACCUGACAGAGAACCGGACUGAGAACCUGACAGAGAACCGGACUGAGAACCUGACAGAGAACCUGACAGAGAACCGGACAGAGAACCGGACUGAGAACCUGACAGAGAACCUGACAGAGAACCUGACAGAGAACCUGACAGAGAACCGGACUGAGAACUUGACAGAGAACCUGACAGAGAACCGGACUGAGAACCUGACAGAGAACCUGACAGAGAACAGGACUGAGAACCUGACAGAGAACCUGACAGAGAACCGGACAGAGAACCUUGCAGAGAACCAGCUUUCAUAA